AUGAACGGAGCACUAGGAAAGGUGCUGUGUCUGAAGAAUGACACCAUUUUUAAGCAAGCCUUUUCCCUCUUGAGGUUCAGAACUUCAGGAGAGAAUCCCAUCUGUUCUGCAGGUGGCAUUCUGUUGACCACCAAUCGGCACUACAGGUCAAAGCCCACGCAUGGCAUUGGAAGAUACAAGCAUCUAGUUAAGCCAGAAGAGCCCAAAAAGAAGAAGGGAAAAGUGGAAGUGAGACCCAUUAAUCUGGGAACAGAUUAUGAAUAUGGGGCUUUAAACAUUCACCUGAUCGCAUAUGACAUGGCCCUGACAGAGAGUUACGCCCAGUAUGUUCACAACCUCUGCAAUCACCUCUCCAUUAAAGUUGAGGAAAGUUAUGCGAUGCCCACCAAAACCAUGGAGGUGUUGCAACUUCAGGACCAAGGCAACAAAAUGUUACUGGACUCAGUUCUUACCACCCAUGAGCGAGUGGUUCAGAUCAGCGGUUUGAGUGCUACGUUUGCAGAGAUUUUCUUGGAAAUAAUCCAGAGCAAUCUUCCUGAAGGAGUCAAAUUGUCAGUGAGGGAGCACACUGAAGAAGACUUUAAGGGAAGGUUCAAAGCUCGACCAGAACUGGAAGAACUGUUAGCCAAGUUGAACUAG